GGAAUUUGUUGUGUAGAUGGACUUGUAGUGCUGCUUUUUCUUUUGCCAAAUCUUUGUUUCUUAGGCUUCUUUUAUUGGGAUGAACUACUCAUGUGCAGCCUCAUAUUCAAGGGUGGAUAGGACCUUCAUCUACCCUUGGAUCUCAGUAUGGAUGAAAAUCUUGCAUGAAUUCCAUGAAACCAAUCUACCUGAAUACAUUAUCCAAGGAAAUGUUACAAAAAGAGCAGCAUCUCAGACAUGUUGAAAAAGAUGUUCUGAUCCCUAAAAUAAUGAGAGAAAAGGCCAGAGAGAGAUGUUCUGAACAAGUUCAAGAUUUUACAAAAUGUUGCAAGGACACUGGAAUUCUUAUGGUAGUCAAAUGCCGAAAAGAAAAUUCUGCAUUGAAAGAAUGUCUUACUACUUACUAUAGUGAUCCAGCCUUUUAUGAAGAAUGCAAAAUGGAGUAUCUGAAGGAAAGGGAAGAAUACAGAAAUACCGGUAUUCCUACCAAGAAAAGGCUGCAGAAGCUUCCCACAAGCAUGUAGACAAAUUGUUCAGUGAAUUAGCAACACAUAUUUAUGGAGAUGAUUUAUAAGUCAUACGAAAUAAUGAACUUCAGAAUUUGCUUGCUUUGUUCUAAUUAUGGAAAUAUUUUUAUAUGAAAUAAAGACUUUAAUUCAGA